UGAACCGGCUGUCUUCAAAGAUGUUAUAUUGAAGAUUGGUCCAAACCCAUCCUGUCAACAAUUAAACUACACUUUGUUUUUUUCUUGUGUUUCUUGUUUUUCCAGAUGUUCAAUUACAGCAAUGAAUCAGACUUACAGGUCUGAUCCUGCCCACCACUUCACUGGUAACCCUUCUGGUGGCUCUUAUCAUGAGUUGUCCAAUUACUGGAAUCUGCAUAACAUUAGUAAUUUCUCAAAAAAAGGAAGAAACAUUCCUGAGUCACCAGUUAACAUGACCUUCCAGCUACCUGAAGAGGAAUUUGAUCCAUUGGGAGGUCAUACUGUGUGGCAGGUCAUCAUCAUUGUCUUCCUUACUGGAUCCCUUUCUUUGGUCACUGUUGUCGGCAACAUCCUGGUUUUAGUGUCAUUCAAGAUAAAUAAGACUCUGAAGACAGUUAACAACUACUACCUUCUCAGUCUGGCAUUUGCUGACUUGACCAUUGGCACGUUGUCAAUGAAUCUGUAUACCACCUACAUCAUCAUGGGUCAGUGGGCUCUUGGGCCUGUAGUUUGUGACUUGUGGCUUGCAAUAGACUAUGUGGCCAGCAAUGCCUCUGUCAUGAACCUUCUCGUCAUCAGCUUUGACAGGUAUUUCUCUGUGACCAGACCUUUGACUUAUCGGGCCAAACGUACAACCAAACGAGCUAUGACCAUGAUUGGACUAGCCUGGUCCAUCUCUUUCAUUCUUUGGGCCCCAGCUAUACUGUUCUGGCAGUACAUUGUGGGUGAACGCACUGUUCAGCCAAACGAGUGCUACAUCCAGUUUUUGUCUGAGCCCAUAAUUACCUUCUGCACUGCUAUUGCUGCGUUCUACUUGCCAGUGAGCAUCAUGGCAAUUUUGUUUUGGAAGAUCUACCAGGAGACAGAGAAAAGAGCUAAAGAUGUACAAGGUCUCAAGGGAUCUGGAUCAGGCACCAACCUGAGUCAGGUUCAGAACCAGCACAAUGGCAGUGGAAAGGAUGCAAUUAACAGCCAGAGAAUAUCGUUAACCAUGCUGCGCCAGAUAAGCUCCCAGAGCGUCAGCAGUAGUGAAAUAUGUCUGUCUUCUCCAGAGAGAAACAGGACAACCAGUUCCAGGUUGGGACCAGGGGUGGAAAACCAAAAGUGCUGUGGAGCAUUGUGCUUUCAAUUUCCAGCUUUCUGGACUCAUCCUUAUGCAUCUAACAGGUCCUUCAACACAACAACAAGUACAGUAGAUGAGACAGAGCGCAGUAGUAAUGAUGGCUUUAACAGCAAUAUGGUUGGUGCUUCUGGGGACCAAACUGCUUCAGAGGUAGAAGCUGAAAAGGCAGAACGCUUAGAGUCUACAAUUGUGUCUCCAGAUCCAGUGAAGUCCAAAAAGGCAACUAUAAGCAAGAACCAACAACAUUAUGCAAGCAUCAAAGGUCAAAAGGGGUCAGAUUAUGUUAAUGACUCAUCUUCACUUGACCAAUCAGUUGCUAAGGCAAGCAAAGAUGCUGCACUGGCCAAACGAUUCGCCUCAAAAGCAAAAAUAGAGAGCAAUAAGCGCAAGAACGAAAAAAAAGCAAAUGAAAAGAAAGCAGCAAGAACUCUGAGUGCCAUCUUGUUUGCCUUCAUAACCACAUGGCUGCCAUACAAUAUAAUGGUACUGGUCAACACUUUCUGCCAGGACUGUAUUCCAGAAUCUCUGUGGGCUCUCGGGUACUGGUUGUGUUAUGUUAACAGCACAGUAAACCCUAUGUGCUACGCUCUGUGUAACAAGACCUUUCGGACGACUUUCAGAGAUAUAUUAAUAUGUCAGUGGAAUCAAAACAUAAACAAACCUACAUUUCAACAGCGGCAGGCUGUUGCUUUCCGGAAGGACCCCAGAUAGAGUGUAAUACUAGAUUAAACCACCAGGAAGAGAUAUUAUUAAGUUAAGAUGCAUUCAUUAACAAGGAUCACAUAAACUUUUCCUCUCUGGAAAAAUCACUGACCUAUUUUUUUUCUUUCCUAUCUAAAUUUGUUCAGGUUAGCUGAUUUUACCUAAACAUGUUGGAAAUGAUUACAGCCAGUACCAGAUGUACUGAUUUUGAUAUGUCUAAUUUUGGCAAUCAGUUUCAGAUGGAUUGAUUGUAAUCCUGGAUAAAUAAGUGUGAUCCAGUGUCAG